CCUGUCAUCCGUAUUCCAUAACUCUCUCUCCCACUACAACCCGAUACCUGAACCGCGAAACCGGAUCGACCAAUCUUAGGGUUUCUCUGCAAAAGUGAAGCCAUGGAAACCCUAAACCCCACCUCCGCCACCGUAGACGACGACGGCGCGAACGUCGGCUUCUCAAUCCUGAUGCGGUUCACCGACGCCACGAGCCAAAUCGACCUCGAAAUUCGCAAGCUCAUAACAGUAAUCUGCCACGUACUGCGAGACCACAAGGCUCCUCCGACGCCGGUGUCCUACUUGCGCGCCGCGUGCUCCUCCCUGGACCUGAUCGCCGCCGCGAGGCCCCGACCUUCCAGUGAAGAGCUCCACGCCCGCUUCGCAAUCCUCUCCUUCGUCAUCCCCAAAGUCCCGACCGCAUUUCUCGUCAAUAAUCUCCAGAUGGUCUGCAAUUCCUUAGGCCCAGCUCUUCGGGUUGCCUCUCUGAUGUGGCAUGAAGCUGCCGCCUGCGCCGGAAUUAAAUGCAUUGCUCAAUUGCUCAUCAGCGUCUCCAAUUACAGCUGGUCACAAGUUUCCGAAACCUUUGGGUUCUUACUCAGCUAUGCUAAUGACAAUAUGAAGAGUUUUGAGGUGAGAAAACAAGCGCGUUUGAUUGUUUACGAUACACUCCAAAGUUUUGUAGCAACUCCGCUGCUGUUGGGACCUGCAACUAAAACGAUUAUGGACUUGUUCAUGAACAAGUAUCCUAUCCGUCCGACCAGUGAUGGCCUUAUUAGCCUCAAGGCCAGGGAUACUUUCGAUCUUGUGAUAGUAUGCCUUGGCGUUAUGUCAAUCGAGGACAGAACUGCUGUGCUCGUCUACUUGAAAGAGCUCUUGGAACUGCACCAUACAAAUCUUACAAGGCUCAUCACAGAUGCUUUGCACAGACUUUUCCUCAACCCAUCAUUACCUGAUGUUCCUCUCGAAUUGUUGCUCGAGCUAAUAUGCUCAAUAUGUCUUUCUAUCUCCCAACACAAGACCAAGUACAUCCCGGAAACUGUAGCUAAUUUGCUCAUUAUCGGAGUGCCAAAAAUCUAUUCCCUAAACAAGCAAAUCUGCAAAAAUGAACUCCCUAUUGUGUUUGAUGCACUCAUUGUCUUGCUCGAACAGUCAGAAGAAGAAACAGACAUCCUUGAAGCAGGAAAUGCCUUUAAGUGUCUCAUUGCUUAUAUUGAUGACAGCUUGAUUAAACAGGGAGUUAACCGUACUCUGAUGAACGCAAAUAUGGACGAUGGGAGCCAGUCUGAGCCAACUCUAAUUGAAAAACUGUGUGCUACUUUUCAGAAGUUACUUUCUUAUCCUGCUGUGCUACGCCUGGUUUUUGAAAUUAUCUCAGCUAUGUUCGAAAAACUAGGAGAAUACUCUUCUUAUUUGAUGAGGGAUACAGUCAAAACCUUGGCAGACAUGCAGAAAUUGCGCGAUAAAAGAUUCUUUUUAAUGGAGGAGGGUAAGCUUCUUCUGAAAAUGGUUGUUGAGAAAUGUGGGCUUGAUGCUAUUAUGGCCAUCAUCCCUCAGGAACACAUGGAACUGCUUGCAGAGAUCAAUCAACAACUGGGUUCUAAAUCUGUGGAUGCGAGUUCUCGCGUAGUCAAAGCAACUACAUAUGGAAAUAACUUAUCUCAGUCCAUGAAUAUGCACAAGGAUGAUCUUAAAUAUGUAACAUUCUUGAAUUACAAACUGAAAAUAGCUGGUAAAAAGUGUUUGUCUGAUCGCCAGCUGAGAGCAUGUUUGGAUAAGCAGGCUAAGAGGCGUGCUGAGAAGGCCAUCAGUGGAGGACUAGUAGGUGCAGCUAAGAUGACAAAGAAGCUUAAACUUUAAAUAGAUUAGAGCUUAAUUAUUUGACCAAAAAAAACAAUUAGGAUGACAAGGAAGCUUAUGUUGUUGAUACUGUAUGGUUUCACCUACACUGUUCUAAUUAUUUUGUAAUCUGGGCUAUUGUACUCUGAAUUCUGAAAAAUUGUGUCACGCUGGUGGUCUAUGACUGUUGUUUGGUUCUGAUAUUGCUGCUGUAUUAAGAUAUGUUAUCUCUGAUAAUUGAUUCAAGUUGAGAAGG